AUGGAUGAAUUGCAAAAGAUAAAAUUGAAUCAAAUUGAAUCAAGUGUACAUGAGAGCGCUAAGUCAUUACCAGAAAUAACUAGAAAUGCUCAAAACAUUUUUCUUUUGUUACCACCUUUUAUGGAAUUUAUGAGCAAAAAUGUCGAAUUAGAGCGAAAACUUCAGUAUGAAUAUUCACGUUUACCACAAAUUGUUCGUGAAACUGUUGAUAUAUAUACACCAAUUGAAAAAGACCAUCAUAGAACGGAAAAUGAUUUAAUUUAUCUGAAAGAUAAAAUAUUCAGUAUUGUAGGGAUGAUUGACGUCACAGAAACACGUCUCAAACAAUAUUGGACAAUAAUACAUGAACUAAAUCAUGAAACAAUUCGUUUAGAAAAUAAUUUGACUAAAUCACAGCUGUUAAUCAGUAAUCAUGAUGAAAUUCAACAAUUACAAGAUCAACAGCGAGUGUAUCUCGAUCGAACUGUAAAAGAAAAUGAAAAAGUGAAGAACGAAAUUGAUGAUUUCAAGAAAAAAGUAAAAAUUACUCAAAUCAGUAUUGAAACUGGUGUAAAAGAAUUACAAAUAUUGCGUUCCAAUCUAAACGAUAUAACACAUGAGAGAGAAUAUAUGGAACUUGAAUGGACACAAAUAGAAUAUGUUCAAGAAUUAGAAAUCGAGUAUAAGAAACGAAUGGAAACAACAGAGCAACAGUAUGAACUUGUCCGAUCUCAAUUAAAACAUUUAUCUUUAACAUAUGAUCAAACAGAGUAUCGAUCAGAUGUAAUGAAACAUGAGCAAAUAGAUUUGAACAACGAUAUUGAAAUAACGAAACGAAAUUUAACUAAUGAAAAUGUUCGUUUAUCAUUAAAUAGAGCAGAAUUAGAAAAAUUAAAACGAAAAUAUGACGAUCAAGAGAAUACACGACGACAAAUACAAAAAAAUAUUAGAGUAGAAGAACAAACAUGUUAUUGUCUAGAGAAAAAGAGACGAAUUAUGGAAAAUAUACAAGAAAAAUUAAUGAUAAGAACGCAAUCAAUUAAUAAUCGAGUGGUACUAUUAACAAAACAAAUUGAUAUAAACAAAAAAGAAAUCAAAGAAAAUAAUAAACAAAUUGCAACUGAUCAAGAAAAAACAUUUCAAUUAGAAAAUAUGAAACGUUUUGUUCAAAAUAAGAAUGCCAAUCUACAACAAAAUUUGAGUUAUUGUCGUGGUUUACGUUUAAUUGAAAAUGAAAAGUUAAAUAUAUUAAAACAAAUAUCAUUUCGAAAACGUAAAGAAUUUAUAUUUCGAACACGACGAUUACAAUUAAUGACAAAUCGUGAGAAACAAUUAAUUUCUGAUAUACAAAAAAUGUUUACAAAUAUCAUAAAAUAUCAUAAAGAUGAUGUUAAAUCAAAAUUAAAUAUUUCGAUAUUAGAACGUGAUAUUCGAAGAAAACAUGCACAUUCUCUAAGAGGUGAAAAAACUCGUGCUGCAUUAAUAUUAGUAAAACGUGAUUGCGAAGAUAUGACUCGAUUAAUCGAUAAGAAAAAUCAACUCAUUGAAAGUGAAGUAAAUAAUAAAAUGGAAAAAUAUAAUUCUCUAAUAGUUGAUAAUGUUAAACGAAAGAAUGAACAAACUACUAUUCUAAAAGAUAAAAUAAGACACACCUAUUUAUAUCGUUCUAAUUUAUUAAUUCGUCAAAAAAUACAAUUCAAACGAAAUCAUCAAGAGAAAUUAAUUAUAAUUGAAAAAAAACAAAUAUUGACAAAAAUUAAUGAAAAUAAACAUUUGAGAAGUAAAAUAGCAUUAAUAAAACAACAAAUGUUGAUAUAUGGAACAACUAUUAAACGUCUAUUCGAUGAAUCAUCUUUAUUGAAAGAAAAAAUAAGUCUAUAUGAAAAUUGUCAAGGUCUCUAUGCCCAAAAUCAAGAACGAUUCGUUAAAUAUAAAACGUCUGUUGAACAAUUGUCACAUCAAAUAUUUCUAAUUAGAAAUGAUAAUUUUAUAUUACGUCAACAUUUAAUUGAAAUGAGAAAAGUUUGGAUGAAAGCAUUCGUAUUAAAAUAUGAUUUAGCAAAAAAUCAACAAUAUUUAUAUCAAUUAAUACAGUCUCUCAUCAAUCGACCAUGUCAAUUAAUCGAUAUAGAGCCCAUUAAUAUAGAAAAACUCAUGAAAAAAUAUAAAUUACUUAUUGGACAAUUAAUGAACAAAACGAAUGCCAUCAUAUUGUGGAGACAAAAAUUAAUUGAACAAUGGCAAUGGUAUAUGAUAAUAUUUUAUCAAUUACAAGAACAAAUAUAUAAGAUGAAUAAGAAAGAUUCGAUCACAAAUAUAAAAAGUGGAAUGAUAGUGAGAUAUGAUAUUCAAAAAGAAUUUGCCAAAUGUAAAGCAAUUAAAGCUGAAAAUAUUUUGUGUACAAAUAGAAAGAAACAACUUAGUUUAGAAAUUGAUUAUUGUGAAAGGUUAAAAAAAUUAUUUAAAAAUAAAUAG